CACCCACACCCCGAUGCCCCGCAACCGCGGCGACAAGGCGCCGCCCGCGCGCCUCAAGCUCGUGGUGCGCCGCCUGCCGCCCACGCUCCCGCCCGACGUGUUCUGGAAGGCGGUCGCGCCGUACGUCGACGGCAAGAGCCAGUGGAGGCGAUAUGUGCAGGGCCGGCCAGGCGAUGCCUACGGCCAGCACCCAGUCCACUCGCGCGCGUACGCGCUCAUGAGCGACAUUGACUCGCUCGUCGCCUUUCAUACCGGGUUCGACGGGCACCUCUUCCGCUCCAAGGCUGGGGACGAGUACCAGGCCGUCGUCGAGUUCGCGCCCGUCGAGAAGACGCCGUUCAAGACCAAGCCCAAGAAGGACGAGCGGCAGGGGACGAUUGAGAAGGAUGCCGACUACAUUUCCUUCCUUGAAAGCUUAGAUGCCAAGGCGAACGAGCCUGCGCCGGUGGUUGAGACAACAGCGCCGCCAGCCCAGCCGACGACGACGCCGUUAUUAGACGCGUUACGCGCCGCCGCGUCCAAAUCCAAGUCCAAGUCGAAGAAGAAGGGCAAGGACAAGGACAAGGCCGAGAAGGGCGUGAAGGGCGAAGGCGCCAAGGCCGCCGCCCUGGCCGCCAUCUCCGAGGCAGCGUCCAAGCGCGCGCCGCGCGACAAGACGGGCGGCGUCAUCAUGGUCGCCGGCAAGGGACGCGAGGUGUUCGUCGCACCGGCGGACGACACGAGCGCAGACAGCAAGCGCAGCGGGGCGGGCGGUCAAGCCAGCGCCAGCGCCAACGGCGGAGCGGGCAGCAAGGAGCCCAAGGACAAGAAGAAGAAGCCCAAGCCCAAGAAGAAGGACGAGAAGGAGGGCGGCGGCGGAGGCGGCGAGGGUGAGGCUGGGGAGGGAGAUAAGAAGGACGGGGAGAAGAAGGGCCGACAGCGUGGCAACCGUGGACGGAAUCGCAAGGACGGAGAAGGGGAGGCUGGGGCGGGUGCCGGGGCGGGUGCAGGUGCUGGGGCAGGUGCCGGGGCCGGAGCUGGGGCUGGAGCUGGAGCAGGUGCUGGUGCCGGCGCCGCCGAGGGCAGCACUCCCAAGCCGCGCAAGGAGCGUCCACCGCGCGAGGAGAAGAGCGGCGGCGGCGGCGGCGGCGGCGGCGGUGGAGGCGGGAGGAAUCGCGGGCGCGGACGCGGAGGAGGUGGUGGUGGUGGCGGCGGCGGCGGUGGUGACAGCGGCGGCAUUGCAGCCAGCGAGGCGCGUAUCGACAUGUAG